AUGGCGAGAGUGAGACGAAAAGUAAGCCAGCGAAGGGAUGCGAUGUUCAAUGCUAAGGUUCUUCACGGUUCACUGGGUCUAGGCAAGUACAUGGCUCAAGCGACAGGCGACAUACCAGUGCCAACUCCUCCUCCGUGUCCAGCCCCCAACCGGACGAUGUUCACAACUCCAGCACCACAAUCGACCACCCCAGGAGCGACACUGUGCACACAGAGUACUAUCAGUCAAACCAGUCACAUGACGACACAGCAGACUCAGGGAACUGAUCAGACUGCUCCUCCUGGUGGGUCUGCGUCUGCCUGGACUGUAACGAGCGCUACUGAUACGGCUCCAACGGCAUCAGGCGGAACUGAUGCAGCUCAGACGACUACAACAAGUACCGCGAUUGAGGCUUCACCUUCCACUAAUGCACGGACACAAACGGCGCCACCAACUCUAAGUUCAACCAAAACUGCUGCUGGUGAUGGUGAGGUGGCCACUAUGACCUCAUCAGCACCCUCUAAGCGAGCUUUAUCAGGAGGAACCACACCAUCAGCUGCUUCCAAAUCAACGGCUUCCUCGGGAGGAGCAUAUGCGUCAUCGUCAGCUUCUCAACAAACCACGCUAUCAGAGACGCCCUCCACGCAGACUUCCAGUAAUUUACCUGAUUGUAUUCCUGCACAACAAGCUAAAGGUUUGUUUUAUUCC